AUGUCCAAGCCAGCGCUUCCCCAGAACGACAAUGUCGCCCACGCCCUCGCCGGUGCCGGUGGUGGUCUUCUCUCCAUGGCCUUGACCUACCCUCUCAUCACCCUCUCCACCCGCGCCCAGGUCGAAUCGAAGCGCGCCGACUCGGCCUUCCUGACGGCCGUCCAGAAGAUCGUCGCCAGGGAGGGCGUGUCGGGCCUCUACUCGGGCCUCGAGUCCGCCCUCUUCGGCAUCAGCGUCACCAACUUCGUCUACUACUACUGGUACGAAUGGACCCGCGCCUUCUUCGAGGCCGCCGCCGAGAAGGCCGGCCGCGCCAACAAGAAGCUCACCACCGUCGAGUCCAUGAUCGCCGGCGCCAUCGCCGGCUCCGCGACCGUCAUCCUCACGAACCCCAUCUGGGUCGUCAACACCCGCAUGACCACCCGCAGCCAGGCCAGCAGCAAGGAGGGCGGCGGCGACGAGGAGGCCCAGGCCGCGAAGCCCAAGAAGGCCCCCUCCACCAUCGGCACCCUGCUGGCGUUGCUGAAGAACGAGGGCCCCCAAGCCCUCUUCUCGGGCGUCAUCCCCGCCCUGGUGCUCGUCGCCAACCCCAUCCUGCAGUACACUCUCUUCGAGCAGAUGAAGAACUCGGUGGAGAAGAAGAGGAGGGUGACGCCGUCCAUCGCCUUCGUCCUCGGCGCUCUGGGCAAGCUGUUCGCCACCUCCAUCACCUACCCGUACAUCACGGUCAAGAGCCAGAUGCACGUGGCCAGCAACGGAGAGAAGAAGGAGGGCAUGUCCCAGGCCAUUAGCCGUGUUAUCAAGGAGGAGGGCUACGCCGGCCUCUACAAGGGUAUCGGCCCCAAGGUCACCCAGAGCGUGUUGACCGCAGCUUUCCUCUUCGCCUUCAAGGACGUUCUGUACGAGCAGACCGUCAAGCUCAGGUCCAUCGCUGCCAAGAAGCGCGCGUAA